AGACUGGGACGAAAGUAGGAUCCUCCGCGGGGUUGCAAGAGAGGCAUCGCCGGGACUGUUGCGCAAAAGCUCGCCCGCUUCCAGCCACCUUUAUUACUAUUGUUUGCCAGGAUUUCCUGGGCCGGCGCAAGGAUGGUGAUCGAGGAGGUGGUGCCCCUGGCGAGCUCCGGCCUGGCCGCGCUGCUGCGGGACCCCCGGGAGAGCGCGCGCACGCUGGCGCUGGACUGCCGGCCCUUCCUGGCCUUCUGCCAGGCGCACCUGCUGGACUCGCGGCCCGUGCACUGGAACGGGCUGCUGCGGCGCCGCUCCCGCGGCCGGAGCGCCGUCAGCCUGGACUGGCUGCUCCCCGACCGGGCGCUGCUGGCCCGGCUGCGCAAGGGCGAGCUCAGCCACCUGGUGGUGCUGGACGAGGCCAGCUGCUCGCCGGCCGCGCUGCGCCCCGACAGCCUGGCCCGCCUGCUGCUCAGCGCGCUGCUGCGGGAGGAGCGGGCCGGCACCUCGCACAUCUACCUGCUGCAAGGUGAGCACCGCCGCCAGGUGGGCUUCCGGGGGAGGGGGGCGAGACACGACCCUCUCCCAGGAGAGGGAGGGGGGAGUCUUUGGGAUGGGGCUUGAAGGAAGGCAGGGGCCCCUAGAUGGUGGCCCCCGGAAGGGUUCAGAUCCCCACCCAGGACUGAAGCUCGCUAGGUGACGGUGGGUCAAUCACAGCCUCUCUAUUUGCCCACUCUACAUGGACAUACAUGAUAGGUUACAUCAAAUGCUUGGCCUACUCGGAGUAGACCCAUUAGAAUUAAUGGACAUUACUGUCUUAGGCCUAUUAAUUUCAGGAGGCCUGCUCUAAGUAGAUCUUAGUCAAGAGGCAAUCUAUUUAUACUUAUUAAACUUUUAUCCUGUGCUACUUUGGGAUGGAGGGCGGGAUAACAUUAAUAAUUAUAAUUAUUUUGGGCUGAAAGGAGUUGCUUCAAGUUCAAACACCCCGCUUUGACUUGAUAGGGGGGAAAAAAGCCUUGAUGUAUUACGGCAAUCUCUCUAGAGGCUUAAACUUGCCAAGACAAGUUUACACUUAGCUGAGUUCCUCACCUUUCCCAAAAACCUUUGAGUCCAACUGCAUCUUUAAUUGGGAGAACUGAAGAAAAUUCAGUUUUAGGGGGGAUUUUUUUUUUUAGUUUAAUUAGGAGGCAUUAACAUAAAGCCAGGAUAGCCCUGGAAUAGAAUUGCUAUAUCCCAAGCAGACUCAUCCCAGCUGUUCCCAAGGUUACUUGCAGCUAAGUCUGGCUGCUGUAGUGGUAACUAAAUUGGAAUUAAAGCAGUGGAUGUACAAAUCCCUUCCGCAAUGGCUGCCCCGGCAUUAAAGUGUACAGGUCAUUCGCUAAUCUGAUUAGCACCUCCAGUAUUGUAACCAUGUCUGCUUUUGAUAUUGCAUGCAAAGCCAUGUUACUCCUGCUCUGUCACAUACUAUAGCACCUUCAUUAGGCUGCAUGAACACCAAAAAACAACACCAGAUACCAAAUAAAUACAUUUGUUACUGACAGCAGUAAAUCUGGGCCCAUCCAUGCAUAAAAUAAUCAAUCAUACAAGAUAUCAGAAACACAAGUUAAAGUUUGUGGCCACAAUAGUGGUGUAACUGCAGGUACUUUUUAAUGAAAGUGUAUUUUAAAGGCACUAUUAUGAAUAGAUCUGAAUGAAAUGUGUGGCCACUAUAAACUAUUCUAAUCUGAUAUGUCCUUAGUGGUUGCAUCUGUAUAACAUUCAUCCCCAACUGGGAUACACACUAAAAACUCUCCAUUCGUCUGAUGUUUAGGUGGCUUUGAGAAUUUCCAAGCCAAUUUUCCAGAACUGUGCUUGAUGUCGCCAACACCGGCUACAUCGCCUCCGUCUCCAUCUCCUGCUCUCCAAAGCCCUGAAGACAACAGCACAGAAGCAAUUACUCCCUUGUAUGACCAGGUAAGUUCAUGUGAAUCUGGAGACCAAAGCAGCAAGAAGUCAAAAUACCAAUUCCCCCCUCCCCCAUAUAUUACUCUAAGCAGAUAUUUUUUAAAAUUAAUAUUCUGGGCCAUUUAAUUGCACUGUCUAGACUUUGCUGUGUGAGUAAUCUUAGUAAAAUUACUGCUCACAUGACAAAAUACAGUUGAGACUGCAUAAAGGUAUAUUUAUUCAGGUGUUCUUGUCCACCCUCUCCCUGAGGCUUGGAGCUGGUAACCACCAAGGCCGUCACCUACUUUAAGGAUUUCACCUGAUGCACCGUCUGUCUCAAGUGCGCUGCCUUGCCCCCGCAACUGAGGGGGCCGGUACCACCUGACGUACGCAAGUAACACCGGCAUGUUGUGUGAUGUGCUGAUGUCAGUCGUGCGACAUGUUAAUGUGUUGUGCACAGGCUCCAUGAUUAAGGCAAGCAUAUCACACAGCAAGCGCACACGGCAACUGCAGAUUUUUUUUUAGGCCCAGCUCUUAAGCAUUUUGGGGGGCCUUCAGCCCCCCUUGUUGGUGCCUGUGGUUUGUCUAGUAACAGAUAAAUUAAAAAAAAACUUAAAUCAGUUAUUCUUUUUUACGAUUGCAUAUUACCAAAACCUCAAUAUAGAUGGUUGUGAAGAUAUCCAAGGAAGUCCAAGAGUUUAUAGUUUAAUCAGCAAAAGUUUUGUUAGAAGGAAGGGCUAUCUGUAAUGUUUCUUUCUUUCCUCCCCUUUGCAGUAACAUAUAAGACUCAAAUAACCUUUUUUAAAAAAGCCAAAGUGUCUUCAUCUCAAAGCUCUUGCCCAUUAACCAACUAAAUGAUAGAAUCAUAGAAAUGUGGGGUUGGAAGGGACCCUGAGGGUCAUCUAGUCCAACCCCCUGCAGUGCACGAAUAUGCAGCUGUGCCAUACGGGGAUUGAACCUGUAACCUUGGCAUUAUCAGCUUCGUUUAUUAAUCUGCUAAUAAACCUUGAUAGCAUAAUAGUAACAGUACUUGAUUCAUCCCUACAAUAUUCACCAUCAAUCCUAUUUUGGCACAAAGGCUGAUGGGCGCACUCUCCUUGUUCUUUCUCUUCUGCAGGGGGGCCCAGUGGAGAUUCUGCCAUUCCUCUACCUGGGCAGCUGCUACCACUCCUCCAACCGGGAGGUUCUGGAGUCCCUUGGAAUCACUGCUGUGCUCAACGUCUCCUCCAGCUGCCCCAACUACUUCGAAGGCCAGUUCCUGUACAAGAGCAUCCCAGUGGAAGACAACCACAUGGCUGAGAUCAGCGUGUGGUUCCAGGAAGCCAUUGACUUCAUUGGUAAGUGCAGGUGGCCAGUCAGGCAAACCUUUUCUGCACAAAGAACUCUCGUUCCCUGAUGGUGAACUUGGUUGUCUGCACCAUCUUGCCACUUUGUAGGGAGGGUUUUGCCACAAACGGGGGCAGACGUGUGGUAGAGAAACUGUCAUCCAUACCUGCCUCAUAUUCCAGAGGAUUAAGUUAUCCCUUGUGAUAGUGGAAGAGAUUUUGAGAGAUUUGCUAUUCCCAUGGCACACUGAUAUGCUUUGAACCUCUAUUUUGCUUAAUGUUGUGAGUGGCAAGAAGGUUUUGUAGACGGUUGGGGGUUGACCUCCAAAGCUAUACCACACAGAAUGCCAAGCAAACACACAGAUGCACACACCCCCACCCUUCUUUUGAGAAGUAACUUGGUAGAAGAUUCCCCUUCUUAUAGAUUAGGAAAACCAGCAAGCUGCCUCAUGUUGGCCCAUCUAGAUCUAUAUUGUGUACACUGGCUGGCAGUGGCUGCAGCCCUCCCUGGAGAUGCCAGGGAUUGAACUUGGGACCGUCUGCAUGCAGAGCAGAUGCUCUACCACUAAGCUACAUCCUCCUCCUACCAUGCAGGCAACAAAAAUGGCCCCCUUGCCCCAUAAAUGCACUUGCUCCUUGGAUAUGUCUGCUUCUGGCUCUAGGGCUGCACUGCUCUUGUGGGCUGUCUCUUAUGUGGCUGUUCUUGCUUGCUCCUCCUGCAGAUUCAGUGAAGAACAGCAGUGGGCGUGUGCUGGUGCACUGCCAAGCUGGCAUCUCCCGUUCGGCCACCAUUUGCCUUGCCUACUUGAUCCAGAGCCGCCGGGUGCGGCUGGAAGAGGCCUUCGACUUUGUCAAGCAGCGCCGUGGGGUGAUCUCUCCCAACUUUGGCUUCAUGGGGCAGCUCCUGCAGUUCGAGACGGAGGUGCUGUGUCAUUAGCCCAGCCGCCCCACAGACCCAGCUGGGAGGGUGGGGCAACCUUCCUCUCUGCGGACAAAAAGACUGAUAAUGUGUGUUUCUGUUUACAUCUCCAAGCGGGUGCUGCAGCAAAGGACAAUGUUGUGGUUUUUGUUCAUUUGUUUUCUAUUGCACUAAAUCCUGACUUCAAUCUCAUGACUACAAAAGCAAAACAAGAGUGUAUCAGGAGUGAAGAAAAGAUGGUGGCUCCAACUGUGUGUUGGGAAGCUGUCCUGUCCCUUUGUUGGGGAAGAGCUUUAAGGCCAGAUCUCUUCGGUUGAUGCAUUCUCACCUUCUCUGCUACAGUCCAAAGCCAGUGCUUAUUGAUCAUUACUGUCUACACCCACCCCAAACGCAAAUAAUUGCAGCUUAACGCUGUGGCAUCAUAUCCACGCAAUGGUAAUGCAGCCGUGCUGCAAACUCCUGAUAGGAUUAUCAGAAGGUUUUCUUUUUGUGAGGUUGAAGCUACUUGGGGAAGUGGGCACUGAUUAUCGUAAUGCAAUGAUAUUGUGCUAAUCCAGCCUUCAGCAGCCUGGUGUUCUCUAGAUGUUUCGGACACUGUGGGAGUUGUAGAUCUGGAGGACACAAAGUUAGCAAAGGCUGGGUUAAGCCAUUGUACCCUAUAUGGUAUGCUGAUGUCAAAGUGAAGUAUAAAAUGUGAACAAGCCAGCGAGAGGCUUAUAGUUGGAUAGCCGUUGCCGGUGUGUAUCUCACCCUUCCUUCGUGGAGCUUAAGGUGGCAUGAACAAGGCUCUUCUCAUUUGAUCCUCGCAACAGCUUUUGAGAGAAAGGUUAACCAGAGAGGGUGACUGGCAUCUAGACACCCUCUAAGUUCCAUAGGCUGAGUUGGCCUUUCGGAACCUGAGUCUGCCUUGCUUGUGUCCCAGCAGUCUGUUCACCAUUGUGCCAUCCCUUCAGCUGGUGCACUGGGAAUCACUGCUGGGUUGUGGCUUGGCCAAAAGGACAAAACAAGUAUGUCCCUCAAUGCUUGUUUGGACUUAAGGUGAGUCCCAGGUUUGAAAAAGCUGAAGAAGACUUAACUGCAACUGGCCUAAUUCUCCCUUCAGCCUGAGAAUUCAGGUUGAAUGGAGGUGACUUUAUAGUCCUAUGGCUAAGGCACUCCAGAAUCCCUCCUUUUCUACAUCUUGAUCAGCUGGCCCUAUGCAGGAAUUGAUAGCACACUUCCCCAUUUAAAGGCUUCUCUCUGCCUUCUGUCAGAAAAAGUGAAGCUGUUUCACUGAAGCUUUAAAGACUGAGUAAUAUGUAAGUGAGAGGUCCUUUUUAAAAGAAGCUUGGUUGGCUAUCUUCACCUGACUAUCCUCAAGUCAACUGUAGAUCAGAUUUUAUUUUAAGCGUAGGAAGUAAGAUUAUACACUUGAACUACUCUAUCUCCAUUGUCCAAGUGGUAUGAGCUGCUUGCCUCUGGUCUCCAGCCUUAUGCAGGUCAGCCAUAGAUCACCAAGCUCCAUCCGUAAUGGAUUGCUCGUUAUUCAUAUAUGCUGUGAAACUGGGAGUCGAUAAGCUUUAUUAGGGUGAGAGUUGGGUUCCGCAUCCCCAGAUCAAGAGGGGAGAAUUCACUGCCAAUUGUACAGCUGCCCUUCCCCCCAGCCCUGGAGAAGAACAGACAAGUAUCCUGCCUUCUGGUAUGGAGGGGUGGUAGGGGAAGGGGCUCUCUUCUUCUGAAUGCACUGAGAACGGACAACACCCACUGCAGCCAAAUAAACCCCUCCUUCCCUUCCCCAGGGUGUUGUCGUAAACUCACUGGGCUGUCCUGUGUACCUCCCACUCAUUUCAAUGAGGCUUGCACAGGCAAACUUUCUGGGGGAUUGUGCCCAGUGACCUCUUUCUGCCCCCUCCCCCGCAAUAUACAGUUUGUACAUUUGUGGAAGAAAGAGAAGCACCUCUUUCUUGACUGACAUUGAUCGUAAAUGUCUUUUGCACUUUAUAUUUAUUAUUACCUGUUGCAAUAAACAACCAGUUUUUAUAUUG